GUAAAAACGCCGCUUCUCCUGCUUUCCUUCACCAAUAAUUUUCUUUUUUAAAAAAAGAACCCGACUAUUCACAAGGUUCCUGAGUUGGUGCGCGAAAAUGGACAACACGACGACUCUGCGACAGUGGUUCGACCGAGUCGACUCGGAGAAAACCGGGAGCAUCACUGCAACUCAGCUCAAGAGUGCUUUGGCCGUUGGUAAUCUCCAAUUCUCUCUCUCUAUUGUUCAACAAAUGAUCAGCAGGAUGUAUGAUUUUGAUAGGAAUGGGACUAUGAGCUUUGGAGAAUUUGUUGCCCUUAAUAAAUUCCUUACAAAGGCUCAACGUGCCUUCUCGGACGUAGAGAGAAAUCGUGGAUAUCUUCUUCCUGAUGAUGUACAUGAGGCAUUGGGGAAAAUUGGUUUCUCACUGGACUCUCCAGCUUUUUACACUGUCUGUGAGAGCUUUGACCAAAAGAAGGAUGGAAGAUUUCGUCUGGAUGACUUCAUUUCUCUCUGUAUCUUUCUACAGUCUGCUCGGAAUCUUUUUAAUUCAUUCGAUACAGCUAAGCAGGGCAGAGUUACGCUCGAUCUCAACCAGUUUGUUUAUUGCACUGCCAACUGUAGAAUCUGAAACCAAAAGUGCAGCUGUGAAGUUCCUGUCCAUGUUGAAAUAACGAUGGAAUCUGCAGCUGUGUUGUGUCUGGUAAUGUACCAAAACAUGGAAGGCUGUUGUCUUGUGUAUGUCUAUUCAUGUGGGAUUGAAGAUGGAAAACCUAAAUUGAUUUUUGAUUCUUAUUAGUUGCCAAUGCAAUUCUUGCAGGGAUUUCUGUAAGUUUUGAAGACUAGCCAUUUGCUGUGUCUGUUCGUCAGUUGGGUAAAAAUAUUAUUUUGUAAUUUCCAAAUAAUAAUUGAUAAUUAAUAUUUGAAUUUAUUCCAAAA